CACAGUACAACACAAGAUAACAACUAAACAAAUCACAAUAUUCCAAUUUUGUUUCAUUUCUUCAUCAAUUCUCACCAAUUCUCACCAUGACCGAAACUUCCACAAACACAAAAAUCAGAUUCGCAGAAGAAGCACUAUUACAAAACAACAACACCACCAUCACCAACAAAAACAAAAACAAAUUCUUCAACCGUAGCGUUUCACACGUAAACGACGAGCUACACACUUUUCGAACUUAUCUCCGAUGGAUGUGUGUAGAUCAAUCAAAUGCAUUCACAGCAACACUUUCUUGGUUUGUUUUCUUCCUUUUAGCAUUAGCGGUUCCUGCGGCGUCUCACUUCAUAAUCGCGUGUCGCGAUUGUGAUGCGAGACACUCGCGACCGCACGAUGCUAUUGUUCAGAUUUCUUUGAGUUCUGUUGCUUCGUUGUCGUUUUUGUGUCUUUCUUCGUUUGUAAGAAAAUAUGGAUUAAGGAGGUUCUUGUUUUUGGAUAAGCUUUGUGAUGAAAGCGAGAUGGUUAGAAUGAAUUACAUGACACAACUCAAUAGAUCAGUGAAGCUUAUUUCAGUCUUUGCUGGACCAUGUUUCAUAGCAAUGGCAACAUACAAAAUCUGGUGGUACGCAUCAGGAGGAUCACAAAUUCCAUUCCUAGGAAACGUGUACAUAAGCGAUACACUAGCAUGCAUAUUAGAACUCUGUUCCUGGCUAUACCGAACCACAGUGAUAUUCCUAGUAUGUGUUCUCUUCCGUUUGAUCUGUCAUCUUCAAAUCCUACGGUUACACGAUUUUGCAAAUUAUUUCCAUGUGGAUUCAGAUGUGCAAUCAGUGAUGUCGGAACAUUUGAGGAUUAGAAGACAUUUGAGAAUCAUAAGUCAUAGGUAUCGCGCGUUUAUACUUUUUGCGCUUUUGUUGGUUACGGGAAGUCAGUUUGUUUGUUUGCUUGUGACAACUAAGGCUAGACGUGAUCUUAAUAUCUACAAAACCGGCGAACUUGCGCUAUGCUCCGUUACGCUCCUAUCAGCACUAUCCAUCAUGUUCCGUAGUGCUACAAAAAUAACACACAAAGCACAAGCAAUUACAGGAUUAGCUGCCAAGUGGCAUGUUUGUGCAACGUUGGAUUCUUUUGAUGGAGUGGUUGACGGUGAGACACUAACGGCUCGGAGCUCUGAUGAUAAAAUCUAUCCUUCGGUGGGAACAGAUGGAGAAUCAGAUUCUGAUGAUGCUGGUGAUGAAGAAGAUGAGAUUGAUACCACAAAAUUUAUUCCAUCUUAUGCUUAUAGCACUAUUUCAUAUCAAAAGAGACAAGCUCUUGUAAAUUACUUUGAGAACAAUAAGGCAGGAAUUACUGUAUAUGGAUUCAUGUUGGAUAGGAGUACACUCCACACUAUAUUCGGCAUUCACAUGUCACUAGUUCUAUGGCUGCUUGGAAAAACCAUAGGCAUUUGAAGAAUUAAUCUUACUUUAGUAUUUGGUUUCAUUAUAGUUUAUAAAUCAUGUCCACAAAAAUGUAGUUUGUAAGUCCCUUAUUUUUUAUUUAUUGCUCUCGAUUACCGGCUACUUACUGUUCAAAAUGGAUGAGAAGAUAGAAAUGGAUCACUUAUUGAUGCAUUUUAAUCAAUAAUAAAGAAAAGUUAUUUUUUAUAA